GCGGUGAUCAGUUUCGCGGGAAGCUCGGAGCCGAAGUUUCUCCCUCAGGACUCUAAAUUAAAUAGAUUUUAUCCUGAAAUCUUAGCGCUUCUACACUCAGGAUGCUUUUUCAGUGUGUAGUAGAUCGCGGGGCGAGUAAAAGAAGACGGAACGAUCAGCGUAGAGAGCUUCCGAUAUCAUCCCUGCUGAAAUGUUUCCACUGUGUUCGUUCUGAUGAGCACACAUCGUACGGAGACUCCGGUGUGGCUGUCCCUCCGUUCGGAUGCACCUUCUCCACAGCUCCAGGACAGGGCGGCACUCUGGCUGUAGCGAAUGAGGAAGGAAUCAUCAGCCUCUACACGACUACAGAGAGACGCAGCGCUGUACUGAAGGAAUGGAUGGCUCAUGAUAACGCAGUGUUCGACAUCUCGUGGGUUCCUGGAGCGAACAGCUUGGUGACGGCGUCGGGUGAUCAGACGGCUCGUAUGUGGGACGUCGUUACCGGGGAGCUCCUGGGAACCUUCAAGGGCCAUCAGUGCAGCCUGAAGACCGUGGCCUUCCCUAAACACGAGAAAGCGGUGUUCUGCACCGGCGGCAGGGACGGGAACAUCAUGGUGUGGGACACGCGGUGUAGUAAGAAAGGUGGUUUCUACAGGCAGAUGAAGCAGAUCAGUGGAGCUCACAUGAAGACGGAGAGAAGCACGCCGCAGACGAAGAAGAAGCGGGCCAUGCCCAGAGGAAUGCCUCCGUCUGUGGACUCCCAGAGAGGUGUGACAGUGGUUCUUUUCAGGGAUGAAAACACGCUCGUGUCGUCAGGAGCGGUAGACGGAGCGAUAAAGAUGUGGGAUUUACGGAAGAGUUACACAGCGUACCAUCAGAACCCCACCCCGCUGCAGACCUAUCAAUACCCAGGAUCCUCCACUCGCAAACUAG